ACCUCAUCCUGCCCAUCCUUUGCUCCUUGCAUGCCUCCAAGGUCCUCGCUCCUCUCCCUCCUCCACCCUCCCUUUUCCUGUUGCUUUCGUUGCCCGUCGAUUCCUCGCUCGCUUCAUUCCAGCAGGGUUGCUCUGUCGUCAUUCCGGGCCCCUGUCCCUCAUUUAUAUCGUCGUUUCGUCUGCUCUUCUCCACCUUGGCACGCCCCGAAUAUUUCAGUCCGGUCGUCUUCGAGCAGUGCCCCGAGACCCCUGCGCUCACCGGCCUCGUUCUCUUCCGUCCGCCGUACUUCUGCGUCUGCGUCUGCGUCUGCGUCUGCGUCUGCUUCUUCUUCUUCCUCCUCUUCCUCUUCUCUUCCCUCGGUGGCCUCGACUUCUCCUCCAGCUUCCAUCCCACUGCCGGACUUCGAAGCCAAGAUGCUCGUCGAGCGUGUGACAGACAGCGUGGAGAAGCCGGUCGUCGAUGACCGAUCGUAUCGUGUCAUCAGACUGGCCAACAAGCUCGAAGCUCUCCUCGUCCACGAUCCUAACACAGACAAGGCCAGUGCCUCCGUGAACGUGAACGUCGGCAACUUCUCCGACGAUGAUGACAUGCCCGGUAUGGCCCACGCCGUGGAGCAUCUGUUGUUCAUGGGCACGGAAAAGUAUCCUGGAGAGAAUGACUACAACCAGUACCUCGCUGCCCAUUCCGGUCACUCAAACGCCUACACGGCCGCUACAGAGACGAACUAUUACUUCGAGGUGGCUGCCACAUCCCACUCACAGCCCGUUGAAUCCCCACAAUCCGCUUUGCCCACCCCCUCGGAGAACCCGACUCCACUUGGACCCUUGGUCGACAGGAGAUCCAGCACAGUUGAAGAGAGCGCCUCUACGACAAGUGACCCGGAGUCCCCGUUGUUCGGUGCUCUCGAUAGAUUUGCUCAGUUCUUUAUCUGCCCGCUCUUCCUUCCUUCGACGUUGGAUCGCGAGCUCCGCGCUGUUGACUCGGAGAACAAGAAGAAUCUGCAGAGCGACCCAUGGCGGCUUCUGCAGCUGAACAAGUCUCUCUCGAACCCAAAGCACCCUUACCACCACUUUUCCACCGGCAACCUGCAGACGUUGCGGGAUGAACCUCAGAAGCGUGGAUUGGAUGUCCGGGAGGAGUUCAUCAGGUUCCACGAGAAGCACUACUCGGCGAACCGUAUGAAGCUUGUCGUCCUGGGCAGAGAAUCUCUCGACCAGCUGGAACGUUGGGUCGUCCAGUUGUUCUCCGAUGUCAAGAACAAGGAACUUCCACAGAAUCGAUGGGAUGACGUUCCGCCUUUUGCGCCAGAGGAUAUGCAGAAGAUGAUUUACGCUAAACCCGUGAUGGACACGCGAUCUCUCGAUAUCUUCUUCGUUUACCAGGAUGAAGAGCAUAUGUAUGAUUCUCAGCCUAGCAGAUAUAUCAGCCACCUGAUUGGCCACGAAGGCCCAGGAAGUAUCCUUGCCUACAUCAAAGCCAAGGGCUGGGCAACCGAGCUUUCGGCCGGCGCCAUGCCUGUCUGCCCAGGUGCAGCGUUCUUCAACAUUUCCAUCCGCCUUACCGAAGAUGGCUUGCAUCACCAUCAAGAGGUCGCCAAGGUCGUCUUCCAGUACAUUGCUCUUAUCAAAGAGAACCCUCCGGAACAAUGGAUUUUCGAUGAAAUGAAGAAUCUAUCAGAGGUCGACUUCCGGUUUAAGCAAAAGUCUCCUGCCAGCAGGUUCACUAGCAGCCUCAGCAGCGUGAUGCAGAAGCCUUACCCCCGAGAAUGGCUGAUCAGCUGUUCCCUGCUUCGGAGGUUCGACCCCGAGCUUGUCACCCGCGGACUUAGCUACCUUAACGCCGAUAAUUUCAACAUCGAAUUGAUCUCCCAGACGUACCCUGGCGACUGGGAUCGGAGAGAGAAAUGGUACGGCACCGAAUACAGGGUUGAAAAGGUUCCCGAGGAGCUUCUCUCUGAGGUUCGUGCGAUGCUUGAGUCACCAUCAGCAGGGAGAAUACCUGAGUUACAUCUACCCCACAAGAACGAGUUUGUGCCAACCAGAUUGGACGUGGAGAAAAAGGAGGUGGAGAAGCCUACUCAGACUCCCAGCUUGAUCCGCAACGAUGAGCGGGUCCGGGUCUGGUUCAAGAAGGAUGACACCUUCUGGGUACCCAAGGCUUCCCUGGAGAUCACUCUGAGAAACCCACUUGUAUAUGCGACACCAGGAAACAACGUCAAGGCCAGGCUGUAUUGCGAGUUGGUCAGAGAUGCGUUGACGGAGUACUCUUACGACGCAGAGCUGGCCGGCUUGGAGUACGACCUGGUUCCCAGUGUCUUUGGCCUUGACGUGUCAAUCAUUGGAUACAACGACAAGAUGGCCGUCCUUCUUGAAAAGGUUUUACACAGCAUGAAGGACCUGGAGGUCAAGCCCGAUCGAUUUAGAAUUGUCAAGGAGCGACUGACCAGGGGCUUCCGUAACGCGGAGUACCAAUUGCCGUACUACCAAGUCGGUAACUACACAAGAUUCUUGACUGCUGAGAAGGCGUUUAUCAACCAGCAGUUGGCAGAGGAGUUGGAGCAUAUCGAGGCUGAAGAUGUUGCCACUUUUUUCCCUCAGCUCCUGCGCCAAACCCAUAUCGAAGUGCUGGCCCACGGAAAUCUCUACAAGGAGGAUGCCCUUCAGCUUACAGACCUUGUCGAGUCAACAUUCAAAUCUCGACCGCUGCCUCGUUCUCAGUGGCGAGUCAGGCGGAACAUGAUACUACCUCCUGGAAGCAACUACAUUUACGAAUACACCCUGAAGGACCCAGCCAAUAUCAAUCACUGUAUUGAAUAUUAUCUCUUCGUUGGAAGCUUGACCGAUCCGGUGUUGCGGGCCAAGAUCCAGCUUUUCGCCCAGAUGGCAAGCGAGCCUGCCUUUGACCAGCUUCGGACCAAGGAACAGCUUGGAUACGUUGUCUGGAGCGGUGCCCGCUACUCUGCAACCACCCUAGGUUACCGUGUGAUCAUCCAAAGCGAGCGCGACUGUGAUUAUCUCGAAUCGCGUAUCGAUGCCUUCCUGUCCCGGUUUGCUAACUACCUCAACGAUAUGACCGACUCCGUAUUCGAAGCGCACAAGCGCAGUGUUAUCAACAAGCGACUCGAAAAGAUGAAGAAUCUCUCUUCAGAGACCAACCGCUACUGGUCACACAUCGGGUCCGAAUACUACGAUUAUCUCCAGCACGAGACCGAUGCUGAGGCGGUCAGACCGCUCACCAAGGCGGAGAUUGUGGAGUUUUACCGGCAAUACAUCGAUCCGCAGUCUCCUUCUCGCGCCAAGCUCGCUGUUCACAUGAAAGCCCAGGCGAGUGCUAGCCCUGUUGCUUCCGUAGGACAGAAGGAUGUCGUCAUCGAAGGUCUCCACAAGUUCCUGAAAUCCGUCAACGUUGAAGUUGACGGCGACAGGCUGAAGCAAGCCUUUGAGAACGUGACCAUCUCAAGCGAAGACAUCAGUGGUAUCACUGACACCGUGAAGAGAUUCUUGACCGACGAAGCCAAGGUUGCCGAGGAUCAGGUUGCAUCCAUUGUUGAACGCGGUAACCAACUGCUUGCCAAGUUACUCCCCAGCGUUGGAGUCAAACCAGCUUUGAUCAACGGUGAAAAGGCGGCUAAAGAGUUGAAGGUGAACGGUGUGAACGGGGUGAAUGGUGUUAACGGCGUUAACGGCGUUACUUCCAAGAAGCCCGUUUAUAUCACGAGUGUGCCCGAAUUCAAGGCUCACCUUACCGUUAGCCAGGCUGCUGUUCCCAUUGUCGAUUUGAGCGAGUACGAGGACUUCGAGCCUAAGCUCUGAGCCGUUCUGCCCCGUUUCGCCCCAAUUGUCUCAGCAUGUUAUAAUACCCUUUGCCUAUAGAUUUGCUGUUCGUCCUAAUAUUCUGCAUUUGCAUCUUCCGGUUGCUCAACUCUCUCUUCGAGUUGCUUUCUGACUUCUUCCCCCAAACGGUAAAAGCGCCUCAAUCGGGAUUUGGGUGUCUUUGUUGUACAGUAACUACUUAGAUUUGGAUUGCAUUUGCUCCGCGGGUUUGCUCUUUUUUGGAUUUAGAUAGAUGUAAUCUAUGAAGAUCAAUCAGUG